GCCUCCAGGAUAAAAAGUCCUCACAAGUGUUGGCGAACAGCAGACGACGCCAGCGGACUUAAGAAGCUCCUUUUUUCUGUCAUUUAGUGCUUCAUUUUCCCCGUUUAAACGUCAGUUUGGACGCUUUUUGAGAAGAAAAGGAAAGCCAAAGUCGAAACCCAACCUUAACUCUUACCACCUAAUUAGCCGAAUUGACAGCAGGUGUGAUUCAUGAAUAUUUCCUCGGACUAAUCAGUGUGUUUGAGAUAACCGUCAAAUAAACCAACAACAGAUCAGUGUUUGUUCCCUGCCGAGAUAUGACUGAGGUGAUGAUCAACAGCACCCCCAUGGACGACAUGAGGCUCAGUCCCACCAAGGACAGACUCUCCUUCCAGAUAUUCCCCGACCCCUCAGACUUCGAGCGCUGCUGCAAGCUGAAAGAUCGCCUGCCGUCCAUCGUGGUAGAGCCUACGGAGGGCGAGGUGGAGAGCGGCGAGCUGCGCUGGCCCCCAGAGGAGUUCCUGGUCAGCGAGGACGAGGAUAACGGCAUCAUCCCAAACGGACAGGCGACGCCCACCUCCCAGCGCUAAGUCCCUGGUGAGGACUCUGUCCCUCUUUUCACGCACUGGUCACGCUGCACCUUAAACGUCCAGCAGAUGUAACAUGGCGGACAUCUUGCCGCCCUGCAAAGAGAAGCAAUACACACUUCAUCAAGAAGAGACUCAACACACACUCAUCGCCUCCACGGACGGCUCUUCCACCGACUGCGGCGUGUUCUCCCCAAAGAUGGCCCCCCUUGAAAAGCGGACUUACCCCCAGUCCCUGUGUUCACCCUCCCUGAUCGGUGUUCCAAGUACUUGUGAUUGCCGCCACCCUAAAUAGUCGUCUCCCCCCCCCCCCCAAUGUUCCGUGAUGUGGGUGUAAAAGUGUUCUGAGGAUUUUACUUGUGGUCCUGUGUUGGAAGUGAGCCAAGGAUUUAGGUCUUCUGUGCGAACGGUAGAGCAAGUUCUGCUGUUUAUCCGAGGAAAGAUCAUUGGUUUGGCGAUGAAGUUCUUCAGGAUGAAGCAUUGUGAGAAAUGUUGAAGGUGUAAAUAAUUGUUCCCAGUAAAUGCAAAGUGUUGUCUCGCCUUCCUGGUCUUCCUCUUCGUUUUUGCCAAACAGCCAUUACUUUCACUAAAUAUACACUGAAGACUUAAAAAAAACCACCAGUUUAUUAUUUAGGUAACUGGUCCCAACUUUUUUGUUUUUCCAUCCCAUCUUUGACAGAAAAUUCUCCUUUUCACUUCAUGUACGCAAAUGACUGAGUGGGUGAGUUGAUGUCUGUGUACAGGAUUGUUUUUUUUAUGUCCCACUUUGUUUUUUUGUAAAGCUCAGGGAGAUUAGCUGCCAUCUUUUUUUUUUUUUUCUUUUUUUUUUUCUAUUUAGACCACUUUUCUCUGACCGUUACAGAGGCUAUAAAUAAACUUGGAAUUUGCUAAA